ACAGACGGUUUCCUUCACUUUUACCUCAAUAUCAUAUAAUUAAUUUAAUUUCUCAGUGUUCGCUUACAUCACGGUAGCUUACACCAACCUCGUAUUUCUUGCUUCAUUAAAAUGUUAUUUCGAGUGCUACAGAAGUUGUCAUGGACUACAGAGCCGGCUGUCACCACAUAUAACUCUCCCAUCAUUAUCAGGAGACUAAAUAACCUCGCCAUAGGCACGACAUUAAAGAGAAAUGCGUCAAAUAAUGUUUGUUCACGAGCCAGGACUUCUCACAGGCUGAAAGGUGUUAGUAUUAAGCAAUUAAGGACAAUAUCAUUAGGAAAUAAAUUAGCUGGUCAGUUUAUAGUCAAUUCUGGUCCUUAUUUUAGUUCACCUGCUAAAUGGAGAAGUCAUGGUGUAUCUUCGCUAUUUCACAAACUUCCCGGAGUUUCUUAUACACAACUGCAGCAAUAUCGCACUCUAUGGGAUAUAUUCAGAAAAACCGACUUCGGAAGUUACGAUGUGCUCGACAACACAGGGGAAGUAUCUCAGGCUCAGCCAGUCCCAUCGCACAUCGCAUGUCCAGUGUAUUUCGAGACUGGGGAACCUGCAGAAGGGCCAAGUGGGCCAGAAUUAAAAGCUGAGUGGCAGGUGGACUCAAUGAGGGAAUCAUGUCGGCUGGCAAGGCUGGUGAUGAACACCGUUGCAGAAAAUAUUAAAAGUGGCAUGACGACGGAAGAUAUCGACGUCCUCGUUCACAAUAAAAUCAUCGAAAAUGGAGCUUAUCCCUCACCCCUAAACUACCAUGGAUUUCCAAAGAGUGUGUGCACGAGUGUCAAUAACAUCGCCUGCCAUGGGAUACCAGACGACAGGAAGUUGAUAGAUGGCGAUAUCAUCUCAGUUGACAUUACUGUUUUUUACAAAGGCUAUCAUGGAGACUGCUGCGAAACCUUCAUCAUCGGAGAUGCAGACGAAGCCGGCCAACACUUAGUUGAUGCUGCACGAAAAUGUAGAGAUGAAGCCAUUGCGAUAUGUGGCCCUGGAGUCCCAUUUGCAGCUAUUGGUCAUAAAGUAGAACAAGUUGCCAGACGUGAGAGGGUCACUGUUGUUCCAUGUUUUAUUGGCCAUGGUAUUGGCACUUAUUUUCAUGGUCCCCCAGAUAUCUACCAUUGCUACAACAACUACCCAGGCACCAUGGAAGCAGGAAUGACCUUCACAGAAUUUCUUAUUGAUUUAUGGCCCUUCAGUAGAGCCGUCUAUACACCUCGACUGGUCAAGCCAGGAUGUGUUGCCAGGCCACUUGAAGAGCGGACCUUCAGUUCAGUAUGGGAGCAGCAUAGUAAUUUCAGGUGUCUAAAUACAAAACCCUAUGAAAUCUCUCCCAAGUUUAAAAAGCAAAUUUUCCACUUCUCUAAUUUUGAAGGAUCUACUGUUCCAUGUUGUUACUAUGAUAAUUCUACAAUGCUCAACCUGAGUUACGUAAUAGUAGAAGCUUCAUGA